AUGAGCAUGCCGCCACCUCCAGCCUCCGCUUCAGCCGUGGUGAUGGGCGAACUGAUCGAGUCCGUCGUGCACGUGCUACCAAGAUACUACCGUUUCGCCGCCGCCCGUGUCAACGAAGUUCGCGGCACAGCGCAAGAGAUAUGGCAAGAGCCCCGUAGCAUCCGCAAGGCCGUGUGGUGUCUCACGAAGCUCAUGCGCCGAUGGAAGGUGUCCACGGUGUCGGCCGUCACCUUUGUACUGCUGUGCUUGUGCACUAUCACAAGUGUAAUCCGCCUGUACCUCUUUCACCGAAAUCCCCAUAAUCUACACCUGCGGACCUACCAGGAGACACAUUUCGACCUCACGUCGAUGGGGUACUCGCACGUCUCCCCUGUGCACGACCCGCGCUCCUUGAGCCCGUACGGGCCGCGGUCGGACCGCACGCUGGCGCACUUCUGCGGCCGGCCCACGGCCAGCAGCUACGACGGCUACACCGGCGCGCCGCACGCGGCGUACAUGCACCACGACGUGGAGCGCGACCGCUACGUGGUGCGCACCUUCGGCCGCGGCGGCAUGCGCGUGGACGAGCGGCGGCGCAGCGGCGUGGGCCGUAGCACCUACGAGGCCUUUUGCGCCGCGCCGCGGAGCGUGCAGCGCUGCACGCCGCUGGCGCCGUCGCCGUGGCUCGACGGCGAGGCCAACUGGCAGCUCGGCGACGCUGCGCCGCGGCACGCCGUCAACGGCGCGUUCAACUUCACUGUGCGGCCUCUCGCCGUGCCGCACGCAGCCGCAGCUGCAGCAGCCGCCGGUGCCACCGCCAGCAGAAGUGGCAACGCCGACGCGGACUUCACCAAGGCGGACCAGGGGCUGCGCACGCACUACCGCCGCUACACGCGCGACGAGCUGCUGCAGCGUCACGCACACCUCGACUUCAUCUACUCCUACGUCAAUGGCAGCGACAUCACGCGCAGCUACACGAAGCCGUUUGCGAAGACGUGGGAGUGCGGCAACAUGAUCGCGUCGGUGCAGCUGCUGUGGGGCGAGAUGCAGCGCGCGGCCGACACGGACACCGAGGCGCCACACAUCGCCGAGGACGCCUUCAGCCGCUACAUCGCCGAGCUGCUGUUCGUGUCGGCGUCGAGCCCGUGCGCCAUGUCGGAGCUGCUAGCGGACGUGGGCACCGGCAAGGACGCGAUGAAGCGCGUGGAGGCGUCGCUGUGGUGGGCCGCCACGCACCCGAACGGACCCCGCAGCGUCGGGGACGCACCACUGCCGCCGCCGGAGACGACGCUGACGAACAUGGAGCUGCUGCGCGCGCUGGGUGCAGACCUGGAGAGCACGAAGCCGGACGACAUCGACGCAGACUGCGACGAACUGCGCCACAGCAUGCGCGGGCUGCUGGAACACACGCGCAGCUGGCACCGUGGCCGCAUGGCCGUCGUGGCACCGUACGGCAGCGUGCCGCUGUGGCUGAACCACAGCAAGAACUUCUUCAUGCGCUCCCUCUACGCCGCCGCCACGGCGACCGCGGCGCGCGCUGAGGCAUCGUGCGAAGCUGCUGACGGCGACGAUUCGAGGGUGCUCGGCACGGCCGAGGCGCGUUUCGUGAAGGAGGCGCACACCGGCACGCUGCACUACACGCGCAUCCACAUUGUGGACCAGCGCGCGCUGAUGCCGCCCGCGCCGCUGACGACAGUGAACAGCUUUUCCAUCGAGCCCUUCGUGUACCGGCUGCGCAACGCGUCCUCCGUCUUCAUCUACAUGAACGACGACUACCUCGUCAUGAAGGACGUCGACAUCACCGACUUCGUAAACGUCUACGGGGGGCCAGUGCUGCGAGUUUCACGGCCCGACGACCUACCGAAGGAUUUACCGCAUGCAACUGGUUUUCCGCGCGCAGUCCUGCAAAAUUCGUACAGCCUUCAGAGACACCUGGACAAGAUACCCGCGGACCUGGAGGAGCUUGUGCAGCCGGCUGCUGCUGCCACCGCCCUGACGUCGGUGGAGGGCGAGGCAGCCGUGAUGCGGCGUGGCGUCGUGCGUGCGUCGUGGGCCGCUUUCGCCGCUGCCGUGGACGCGCGCAGCAGCGUGGCGACGCCGAGAGGCGGCGCGAGGGCCACAAGCACGGCGUGCGCGAGCAACAGCAGCGCUGCUGUAUGCGCGUGGGCGGAGUGCGCGCGGGGUGCCGCUGAAGGAACGCUGACGCGCGAUACGUGUGCGAUGCCGCGCGUAUCGUUGGAGGGCGAGCCGGCGUGGGCCGCAGAUGCAGCGGGCACCUUUGCUCUGGUGCCUCCGUCGUCUACGACGCCGGGCAGCAGCGAGUGGACGUGGGCAGGCAAGGCGCAGAUGCCGGCGCUCGUGCACUGGGGUCGCCGCGUGCUGGACCGCGUGACAGCAGACCUCAUCGCCCCGCGCUACUACCUCGAAACAGCGAAACCGGUGGAGGAAGAACCGAAGCGAGUGCCGCCAGCGGAGGCAAGGGCGGAUGUCGCGCGUGACGUUGCAGCCUUUGCUCAGCUGAUGCGCAGGGUGGACCUGGAGCGGAAGCUGGCUGCCGGUUCAUCAGGUGCUCAAGUUAGGCUGAUGCGGCACCUUGAAGCCUGGGCGGCGCGCUUCGCUGGACACGCGUUCCCGACGCACCGCGUGUUCAAGACGCAGCCGCGCCUGCGCAAGUACCGCAUGCGGCUCGACAGCCACGCGCCCUACCCACAGUGCCGCAACAUGUGGGGCUACAUCCACAAGCGCUACGCACCGGACCUCAACCUGAACAUGUUCAUGGAGCGCAUACGCACCACGAUAGACCUGCUGCCACCAUCGACGCACACGGCGCACAUGCUGCGGCAUCCGUGGGCCGCGUCGAGUCAGUACCUGCCGUACCUGAUGGCGAAGCAGGCGUGGCGCAUGCAGCGCGGUGCCGGGCUGUCGCCGCUGGACAACGACACGCCGGUGUUCCCGGUGGUGGACGUGGCGCUGGACAACGAGGACGGCUGCGCACCGGCAAGUUUCCGCGGCGAAGAGCUCAAGGAAGCCGCUUAUAAUGAGCUCGAUGAUGACGUGCAGCACAAUGCUCGCCGAAUGGAUCGCAUCCGCAGCUAUCGCAAUGCGAUCUCGUUCACGAACAUCAACUCUAAGUUUAACCUCGAUUUCAUCGGCGAAACGCUCCGCAACUUCCUGGAGGAGCUCUUUCCGACCCCCAUGCUGCUGGAGCAACACUGGCGCAGCGCCUCGGGGGACGAGGGCGGCACGGACGAGCUGCGGGUAUCGCGGCGGAUUGAUGGGGAGAGCGGUGCGCGCGACCUGCAGUUUGCGCAUUUGGACGUCAACUUCAAGCGCCUGAUGCGCGUGCCGCUGAUCCUUGUGAGCAACGACGAGGAGGGCUUCUGCCCGCUGCUGCGCAGCUUGCGGCAUGCGUUGCCGAACUUCCGCGGGCGGCGCGUGGUGCAGGUGCUGGUGCCGCCGGCGGACGGCGUGUCGCUGCGCGCGGUGCGUGCGGACCGGCGACACGGCUACCGCGACUUCCUGCCGGUGGCGCGCUGCAGCCUGCCGGCUGACCGGCUUCGCCGCGUGACGCUGCCGGCGGACAGCGGCGUGGCGGACGUGGUGGUGGCAGGGCUGCGGCUGGCGCGCGAGGACGUGGCGGUGGAGCAGUGGGAGGCGCCGGCGCUGGUGGAGCUGCGAGGGCGGCGCGUGGCGCUGCGCGCGGUGCAGGCGCUGGUGAUCGAUGCGCGCACGCUGCACACCGGUGCACGCGGCUUCACGGAGCUGCCGCUCGCGCUGGCCGUGCCGGCCGAGCUGCUGGCGCACGAAGACUUCGCGGAGCACCUGCUGGACGCCGCCGCGCAGUCGCUGGUGCGGUCGCCCACAGCAGCGGAGGCGGCCGCGGUCGCCGCGGUGGUGCCGAUGGAGGAGGCCGCCUCUGCGGGGGACUUCGCUGCGAGCGUGCUGGUGCUGUCGGAGGUGGAUGCGGAGGUGCGUCACACGCACUGGGCCCAUGGCGCCUCCGAGCACGACUUGCUGAGCGGGAUGCCGCUGCCGUAUGACAAGAUGGAGGACAUGAAGGAGAUGGUGCAGUGGGGCUUCUGA